GAAGGGGUGCGGUCACGUGAGCGUUACGUCGCUAGCGUUUGGGACCCAUGUGACUCUGAGCGUCACAGUCCACGCCCCAAACACAUGGUCCCCGACUCGGCCUGGCGAAUUGCUUCUUUUUUUUAUGUGACCCGGAGACGCCGGCUUAACCGCGGGGACCAAAGUAGAGAACUCACUUGAAAGCAUGCGCGGAGCCACGACGUCGGAGUGCUGAUGUGGCUUCCGGUGGCUGCCGGAUGGGCAUCUGGGCUUCGAGGGCACGAGACGACAAUAUGCAACUGACAAAGAACGGUCCCGUCGAUGUAGCCUCCUCCGACGGGAGCAUAGAAGAGGAAAAAUCAGACAUGGCGGAUCAUUCCGAGCCAUCCUCAUCGGCUGACUUGCACGACUCUGGGAUAACCGAUACCGACGACGAACCCUGGGGCAUCAACGUGAUACCACCGGAUACUGUAACACUACACUGGGGACCACCGGCAAGGGGCGCAAUCCGGGCGCUGUCGUACAUCGUGGAGAAGAGAGACCCUUCCGACCAGGACUGGGUGCCUGUUGUCAUUCUGGAUGCCGACAUCACCAGCUACGUCAUCCGCGAUCUGGACUUGCGCUCCGAGCAUUGCUUUCGAGUGCUGGCCAGGAGCUCCAUGGGGCUCACCACCGUCCUCGAGACGGAUCGCCCUGUGCAGCUGCGAGAAGACGAAUCCCUAGCAGCCGAGCGACCCGAUCCGCCUUCGACUCCCCUGCUCGUGGUUGUAACGGGACCAUUCUCCAUGGACGUAAAAUGGACGGCCCCUUUGUACGAUGGCGGUCGUCCGGUGCUCGGAUACGUGGUCGCAGUGAAGGAGCCGCGGAGGACACUUUGGAUGGAGGUUAGCCAAGUGAACGCCCCGAACGUGAAGACGCAGAUACAGGACUUGGAAGAAGGGCACGAGUACCUGGUUCGUAUCUACGCCUGGAACGAAGUUGGCGUGAGCGAGCCGCUUGAGACGCCCGAGGGCACCAAGAUUGUUCGACCACCCGGAGUGGUUGUGCCCCCGUCCGCUCCCCUGGGACCAUUGGUGAUCGAAGAAGUCACCGAGAACUCGAUUAGCCUAUCGUGGAAGCCACCACUCAGUGACGGCGGCGACGCCGUCACCAACUACAUCGUCGAAUAUCGAGAUGUGUCUGCUGCUGAGAUUGCCAAGUUCUCUCUGAGGACGCCCGACGCAGGAACACGUUUCACCGUUGAGGAUCUCAAGUGCCGCCAUUUCUACGUCUUUCGAGUCAGCGCCGAGAACCAAGCCGGAGUCGGUGACGCGCUCGUAGACAAGAAGCCCGUCCGAGUACAAGCAGCACCCAAGAAGCCCCCCGCUCCGGAUCCCCCCUCGGUUGUCGUGCACCCGACCAUGCCGGACGCGUGCAUCGUGACAUGGGCGCCCCCGUGCGAUGGGGUCACCCUGUACGUGCUCGAGCGUUGUGACCUCGUGGGCGACGUGUGGAUCGUGGUGAGCCAGCAGCGCGAGGCUGAGUUCGUGGCGCAGAACCUGGUGCCCGGCAUCGAGUACUCAUUCCGCGUCAGCGCCGAGAAUGAGUGCGGCAUGGGCAAGUGGUCCAAGCCAUCGGAACCCAUUGUCAUCACCAGGAAAGUUGCGUCGAUGACAGCGCCGGAGUUCACCAAGUUACUCACCGACGUCAAUGUUCUCGUUAACGAAGACGCCUGCUUCACCUGCCAGUUUACAGGAAAGCCUACGCCAGAGAUCACAUGGUACAAGGGAGGUCAAGAAAUAUUCGAGUCCCCACGUGCGGACAUUGACACUUCGCUAGCCAGUUCAACACUCAACCUGAAACAAGUGCGGCUCGAAGACAAGGGCAAGAUUGAAUGCCAGGCUCUCAACAACGCCGGUUUGAAAACGACAUCGGCAAAGCUAACAGUAUUAGCGCCACCGAAGUUGAUCAGCUCGCCGGCAUACAAAGACGGCCUUAUGUUCGAUUCUGGAGAGACAUUGCGAGUCAAGCUGUCCUACACAGGCCACCCACCUCCAACAUUCGUGUGGAAACGAAAUGGCGAGCCACUGGCUUUUGACGAUCCGAACUGUUCGGUUACCAUCGACAGCGAAGAUCAGACAAUACUCUUCAAGAUUGUGGACGCGGAUUGCAACCACCGUGGAAUUUAUUCUUUGGAAGCCUUUAACGAGCACGGUAGUGACAUGUUCUCUGUCGACGUUAUGGUGACAGGCGAACCAGACCCUCCCAGUUUGCCACCAGAAAUCACAUCUGUGGACUGGACCUCAUGCACGUUGGCCUGGAAGCCAACGGAUAACGAUGGUGGUAGUCCCGUCAGUAGCUACGUCGUCGAAAAGCGCCUCAUGGACAACGAACUUUGGCUGAAAGCGACAACAACUCAUCACGAACACUGCACAGUGUACGGCUUAGAAGAAGGCGCCAAGUACGCCUUUAGGCUGCGAGCAGUAACCGUUUAUGGCACUAGCAAACCAGGCCCCAGCACAGAGCCCGUUAGCCUCCCACGACUCGACUCAAGAGCAGAUACGCUAGCGACAGAAGUCGAAUCGACAGAACAAACCGAAGCUAUUGCCACGGAGCAAGAGUUGGGUUCCACAGAAGAAGACGUCACACUCACUGUCACCAAGUACGACAGCGACGACCAACGUUCGUCUCUAGAUGUUGACGAAUUCCUCAACGAAGACGCCGCUGUUUCGGAGGCAGUUUCGCAGUUUACUGCUCCAUUCGUGCCGAGCGAACUUAGUGACUACGAAACGCUAGUGCCAAGUUCCACUGUCAAGGUAGAAUCUGGCGAGGUGUCCGAGAUUGACUACGACACACUGGCGAAACGUGCCAGUCUCGAAACCAGCGACGUUGCCGUGCCCAGGGUGGCAUCCGUUGUGGAAGCCAUCGUCCCAGAGACUAAAAGAGAAGAGCCACAGCAGGAGGCACCGUUGUUGUCGCAACGCAGGGAAGCUGUUGCGCUUCGAAUUAGAGAACAUUCGUAUGAAGUUAUCCCCUAUGCAGCGGACGACCUUUUCGACCUUUCACUCGAAGAGCAAAAAUACGAACAAGCUACGCAAGGAUACAUUCCUCUAACCGUCAGCUGCACAGUCACAGUCUUAGCGUGGCAAAAUGCUGACGAUACACCCACUGUCAAGGAGCGCGUGGACACUGAGAAGCCUCCUGGCAUUCACCUCGUGCCUCAUACAUUUUACCUCGUCGUCUUUUCGCCCCCUCUUCUUCUCGACCAAACCCAUGAAGUGUCAGCCUCGCAUCCUCCGGAGGGAAUCACAGUCAGAGUGGUCACACUAGCUCAAUGGAACAUGUACAGGAACUUGCUUCCGGACUCAUCUUUCCUCAUCAUAGACGUAUUGCAACCUCUUCUUGUCCUCGCACCUCCUCUGGCCCUCGAGUCUGCAGGUACCUUCGUAGACCCAGAGAGGAGAUUGCCAAUAGUGUGCCGUUUCACUCUCAGCGAGCGACUUCCACUUCCAGUUAACUACAUCAUCGACACCUUGCUGUCCGAAUCUAACCUCCGCAGGUCCCAGCACCCGUCUCGUGCAUGCUGUUCAGUCGAGUUCAUUGAAACACUGCCCAGUCCCAUAGCGAUCAUAACGACUGUCACGCCAAACGAACCCGUUCCAAGAAUCAUCACGCCACAGGCAUCGCCUGAGCUUUUUCUCGAACACGCAACUUAUGAAAAGCGACGUGAAUUGCUCUCUGCUUCGCCAGCCGACUCCGGCGUGGACACGAGCUUCGGCUACCCGCGACCACACUUCAGGAGCCGGCAGCGACAAGCCGAGGAAUACGAAGGAGAAUUUUACUUGCACGAUGCGUGGUACUAUAAGAAGGCAGCAAGGGUGAAAGAAUUCGACGUACGGACAAGGAGGUCGUAUGCCCGCAGGAUCACGACGCUUUCCAGGAGCAUUGAGCGCGACUACAGCGCAAAGAGAACAAAUAUCGACAGGCUGGAGAGCCGCAUUUCCUCAGAAAUGUCCAGCCUGGAAUACGAUCUCGAGCUGCUGCGAUCAAUGCAGAGCAUGCUGCGUCAAAAACUGAGCACACGGGAGCGACCUUCCGGCGAUCAGAACGGCGGCAAGGAAACCACCAACGGCAGGAAGACCGAGGGCAGUUCGGACUCAUCGGCGACGUCACGUGUCAGACCGUAUCCGGACUCAGGAUCCCGUAUGUACCUGUCUAGGCGACUAUCGAGAAGCGACUCGUCCGAGUCGGAAGAGCCGCAGCCCGUGAAGCCGCGCGUGAAGCAACAGCCGAAGGGGGAGGCGCCCUGUUUUGUGACUCGCCUUGAUAACCGCAUUGCACCCAGUGGCUACCGAAUCAAGCUCCACUGCACUGUUAUGGGCGAUCCGAUGCCUCAAAUUACGUGGCUGAAGAAUGGCAUCAAGGUGGCACCCGACAACAGGCACAUAGAGAUUACUCUUACAGAAUUUGGGAUGUGCAGCCUUGAGAUCUACAACGUGAAGCCAGAUGACACUGCUGAAUACACAUGUCACGCUGUUAACGCCUACGGAGACGCUACCACCAGUGCCUACCUCCGAGUCACAGGCGAAAGGGAAGAGACGCCCGAGGAGCCGAAAUUCGAGUCCUGCGCCCCCGACCUGACCGUAAGGCCAGGCGGGAGGGCUGUCUUCUCUUGGAGGGCAACCGGAUCCCCUACGCCCACGCUCAAAGUCAUGAAGGACUCGAAGCCUUUGCGCACUAACCUGACGACAGACGUGAUCGUCUCAAAGGAUGGCGUGUGCCGGGUCUGCAUCGCCAAGGUCUCUCCCGAGGACGCUGGAGUUUUCACGUGCACCGCGGAGAACGACUCCGGAACGGCUGUUUCCACCAGCAUCCUAAGGAUCGCUGGCCAAGAGGAAAGCAGUGACGAGUUCCAGGAGGAACGACGUCGCCUCGAAGAGAUGCAUGUGGAAGGCAAACGACAGUCAGAAGCAGCCACUGAGCAAGCGUCGACAAUUUCUAGGCGCCAGUACGAGCUACCACCUGAGGAAGACAAGGAAGAGUACUACAAGCCUAGACGCCACUUCAAGACGUAUGGAAUGCUGGGUCUCAAUUACUUAGAAGACGUCCCACGCACAACUCGCGAGCCAUUUUCCGUCCCUGGGCCUCCCUUGGACCCCGUGGUGACAGAGACCGGGCCGACGUCAGUGACACUGGUGUGGACCAAGCCGAUCUACAACGGCGGCUCGCCCAUCACGGGUUACCGCAUCCAGUGCCGUGAGGUGCCCUCCAAGCAGUGGCGUGACAAAACCACGUCGCGAAUAUGCCUCUGCGAUAUCUUCGGACUCAAGCCACAGACAGAGUACGUGUUCCAAGUUAGCGCUGGCAACAAGAACGGAUGGGGACAGCCUACCAUUGCCGUGCCCGAACUGAAGAACUGGCGUUGGCGUCAGCAGUGAUGAUCCGGAGCAACGAACUGUCGUCGAAGAAAAAAGAGUGGCUGCCUCAACGACGGACUGCAGUGCCGUGCAAUGGUGGAACUAUAUAGUACGCCCCCAGUUCUGCCGCGCGCUCGUUUCACUUUCUGAUCGACGGAAUUGUGGACCGACGCCGCCCUGCGCGCAUAAUUACUACUGCCAGCAGUGUUGUUUUCCCUUUCGUGUUUCGCUGCCCGCUCCUCCAUGCUCAAGUCGGUGACAUGCAGCACGCUGAUAAUUAAAGGAGGGCAAAGUAUGAAGUUUUGCUCCGUGUUGUGGCGUAUGCCUCAGAUAAAGAUAUGAAUUUAUUUCUGCCUGACGGUUCCUUGUAAAAGAAACAAAAGAACUGAGUAUACCGAGGUGUGAGAGAAGUUACUUUUACUCACCCGAUGCCCCAAUAAUGCAGAACAAUUGCUUCGAGGUGGAAACAUGUGUGUUAAAGGGGCACUUAUAAAAACACUUUGUAAGAUUUAGACUCAUAAAAUAUAUUUAAAUUGUGUUUUUGUUUAAUUUCACGUAGGAGGUUGAAUAAUGGAAAAGAAAAAGAAGCCUAAGCUUUCAGUUCUUGAAUUCCGCGGCAGAGCCCCAGCGUUAGUGUGGUGUCACCAAUUUCAAAGUAUCUAUUCUUAUUGGGGCCCUCAUUCUGGUGUAGUAAAAUCUUUCGAAACU